AUGACAACUCUCGUCUUCAACAUCGCCUGCUGUAACGACAAAAUGGCCUUCAAGGUGUUGAUCGUCGGCGGUAGUGUCACCGGAUUGACUCUGGCCGCCAUUCUCGAACGCUACGGGAUCGACUACACCCUCAUCGAAAAGCACGCCGAUGCCGCUCCGGAAAUGGGCGCGAGCAUCGCUCUGCUUGCGCAUGGGUCGCGCGUUCUCGAUCAGCUUGGCUGCUUUGACGAAUUGCUCCCGUUUGGCGCUGCGGUCGAGGAAUUCACCAUGUACGACCCAGAUGGGAAGCACCUGGGAACCCACGAGAGACUGGGUGCAAAUUUAGAGGCCAUGCUUGGCUAUCCAAUAUUCUUUGUUGAACGGCGACGCGUCCUGCAAUCUUUAUGGGGCGCCAUCAAGGACAAAUCCAAAAUCCAUCUGUCAACCAAGGUCGCCAAGAUCGAGCUUGUUGCAGGAGGCGCCCACGUUGAGACGCAAGACGGUCGCGUAUUUACCGGCGACAUCCUUGUUGGGGGCGAUGGAAUCAAGAGCAGGACUCGCCACGAGAUGUGGCGCUUGACAGAGGCUGAUAACCACAGCACCGUCGCUGACCGAAAGGCUAUUCGUAACAAUUGUAGUUGCAUAUUCGGCAUCUCAUACGGUCUGUCGCAGGUUAAAGCAACUCAGACGUGGAAGCACGUUCGCAAGGACCGCCACUACUUGUGCACUGGCGCCCCCAAUGGUCUCGCGUUCUGGUUUCUGUUCUUCAAGACGCGGAAAAAUGCAGAGUCGUGGGAGCAUCUUCGCUACACCGAGCAAGAAAAGAAAGACUAUGCAGCGGAAUUCGCCAGCGAUCAGGUUCGAUCGGACUUGACCUUCGGGGAGAUGUAUAGAGCUUCGAAGUCCACGGUCCUAGUACCGGUGGAGGAGUUCGUUCUGAGACGCUACUACUAUAAGCGCAUUGUAUUGCUAGGGGACUCGGCUCACAAGAUGCACCCUGUCACCGGACAAGGAGAAAAUUCCGCCAUCGAGGACUCGGCAUUUUUGGCGAACCGGCUAAAGGACCUCCUCCAAACGACACAGAAGCCGACAGAGUCUGAGAUUGAGUCCAUAUUCCGCCACUUACAAGAGGAGCGACGCCCUCGGACUCAGAUUCUGACCGACGGGGCUCGCGGGCUAGCGCACAUGGAAUCGUUCGGAACCCCGCUACUAAAGCUCAUUAUGCUGUAUCUGUUUCCCAGAGUACCUGGCGAGAAUAUACUAGCGUCUAUUGGAGAAUCCAUGACACAGGGUGAACCGUUGAAGUAUCUCCCGCUUCCCGCCAGGUCUAAGCGGCUGCUUCCAUACGACGAGGAGGUUCAGGCCACGCCCAGAUAUCGCUCCACCGCAGCAUCGUAUGCUUGGAUUUGCCUGUUCAUAUUCACAGGGUCUCUGCGAUUUAUGCUUCCCGCUAUCCUUCCAAAUGAGGUAACAUCACUUACUCCAGAGGGUCCAGCCAGCCCUCCUUUCCUGCAUACCUGGAACCGCUACAUAGAAGAAACCUACUUCGCUAUCCCCGCGUUCUGGACCAUCGAAUCCUAUCGCUCAGCAUUUAGCCUAGGCCCCAUUCUCACCCCCAUCCCAUGGAUUGUUCUCGCCCGAUACUGCGGCUGGGAAGUUGUGCUACCGUUCUACUUCGCUUUUUGGGUUUUUGGUUCCUCGUUCCGAGGAUUCUACCACCCCUGGCCUCGCGCCAUCCGCCCUGCUGCCGCACGGGCCCUUCCAAUAGCCGUCUGCUUUGCUGUCGCAAAACGCGAGGCGUUCACCAGGUUCCAUAUCCUUACCAGUCUGAACAAUCCAACAAUCCUGCACCUGCUAAUCCCGAUUGUGACCGCACUGGUCGAAUGGUGCAUCGUGCGUGUGCACGGGCGACGUUGGGGACCCGUCUACCAAUUCAGAGAUUACGAUAUAAAGUAUCUCGACCAGUUCUUCUCAUGCAGCGUGGUCCCCGCGUUUGGACAUGUGAUCAUGCUGUUCUUCGAUAUCAUUCCUGAUCUGCGCCAGGGCUAUGGACCGCUCUUAUUCCGGGUACCGGAGAUCCUUAACUUUGGGAUAUUCACGCUUCUUAUUGCCGCCUGGCUACUCUUUACAGCGUGGGAUUUGCGAAGAGUCAGGGUCGUGAACCUUAAUUUGGUCACGGUAUCGUUCUACAUCGUUCUGGGGGUUACCUUCCUUGGUCCUGGUGCAACACUCAUGGGUGCUUGGUGGUGGAGGGAGAAACUCUGGGAAAAGUCGCGACAGAGGCUCUCGGAGGAGCGGUAUGCCAAGGUAGAGAGGGAACAGGUUCCUCCCAUUAUCAAAACCUGA